AUGGCUACGAAACGAAGCCGUGCUGGCUCUCGAGGCGAGCCCUUAGACGGGGUCUUCAUCAUUACGUCCCUGUCUUUUCAGCUCCACCGCAAUGAGAUACUGAUGUUACCAGGCACUCUGCCACCGAAGUCGCAGAAGACCAGUCGUACUUGGGAAUCGGAAGUGGCGGGAAUCCACAAUACCGGCAUCAACGUCUCUCAAAAGUUCGGACGUCUUGAAGGCGGCAUCGCAAGAUUCAAGCAAGGAAUCGGUCAACGUGUGGAAGAGAGCCGUGAGCUGAGGGCAAGAAACGUAGAGCUGGAGCGGGAGAACGAGGAUCUCAGCAGCAAAGCAGAGAACGAUUUGACGCUGUUGGGGGAUGAGAUGGAUGCUCGAGAGAGCCGAGCUCUGGAAGUCGAAACAAACCUCAAAGCCCGGAUCGUAGAGCUGGAGGAUGAUGUGGCCCGGCAAGAAGGCGAGAUCGAUGACCUUGUAGGCUACAUUGAGCAGCAGGAUGCUGAGGCGGAUGAAACCUACUCCACGGCGAAAGACGCUGAGAACAUGUUGAGAGAGGAGGUGUCGCGCGAGCAGGGCACGGAGAGAGAGGCUGAGUACAGGAAUCAGGUGACCGAGCUGGAGCAUCUAAAUAGCGCCUUACGAGAGCAGAGCAAAGAAGAGAAGAAGCUGCAGCGGCUGAUCACCCGCCUGCGAGCGGAGAGGGAUGUGGCGAAAACGCGCAUGACCGAUCUGGAAACCUCUCACACUGCUCGCCUUCAACAGCUCGAGAACAGCAACAGCACCUUGACGAGAGACAAGGAACGUCUGAACAGCCGCAUCGCCGAGAUUCAGGUGGACAGGGACAGCCAGUUCAGAAGGGUCGGAGAGCUCGAAGGGCGCCGAGAUGAGUGCAACCGGCUUAUCGGACGUUCUCAGAAGUCGGAGGCGCGGGAGGAGCUGAGGAUGGCCCGACCGGUCAUUCGGGCGGCGAGAGUCCUGGGAGACCUGGGAAAGGGCGUAAGGUGGCCACGGAAAGAGCAGGCCGUAGACGGAGUGAUUGCUGCGUGGGAAGCUCACAAAGUCGAAGAGGAUAUCAAGCGCGAGCUGGAGGAGACUUGA